AUGUCAACGGGUUUUCAAUCAAGACUUCUCAAUGAUUUUGACGGAUUUAAAACACUUGGCCGAGGGGGCUACGGAUUGGUCGUCUCGGCUAAACAUGUUCUCGAUCGAAACGAGUACGCGAUCAAGGGUAUCCGUGUGAAGAAGGAGAAGAUUGAAAGGGUUUUAAAAGAGGUACACGCAAUGGCAAAGAUUGAUCACACUGGAUUCGUCAGAUACCACACUUCUUGGGCUGAAGAGCCGCCACCGGAGUUUCAGAAAUCCUAUCAAACUCGAAUCGAAAAGUUGAUAAAGAAGGGGAAUGUCGCCAAUGAAGAGCACUCUAACUUGUCCAAGCCACACAAGUUUGCGGAAACGAUUGGCAAUUCCUCACAGGGCCCUUCGGGACCUCAGCGGAUUCACAAAUCAAAGUCUUAUCCCUUGGUGAAAAACACAAUGACAUUCCCUCAACGAGAAGACUCGGACUUGACCGACUCCGAGUCAGAGGAAGGCCCCCGG